AUGACGUUAACCCUGAGGAAGGUGUUCCACGUCUCGGUGUUCUGCUGGUAUGCCUUCGUGGUGAAGACUCUGGCAGCGAAGGACGGAGAGGAGUUACCCGCUGGAAUCUUUGUUUAUGGAGGACCCUGGAAGUACCUCACUUUUUUAAACCUGCUGUUGCAGAUGUUCUUCUUCGGCCUGGCGGCUCUCAGCGACCUGCAGGAGAAACCGGAGAGUGUUCUGAGCAGAUGUAGAGACCUUCUGUUCUCCGUGUUUGUGUUUCCUGUCGGCUCGUUUGUCGUUCUUCUUUUCUGGAGCAUCUUCACCUACGACAGAGAGCUAGUCUACCCGGCUUCCAUCGACACCUUCUUCCCGCCCUGGAUGAACCACGCCAUGCACACGUUUGUUCUGCCGGUUUUACUCGCAGAGAUUCUGCUGCAGCCUCACGUCUACCCUCAGAGGAAACACGCCGUCACAGCGUUAGGCCUGGUGGGUGUGGCCUAUUUAUCCUGGAUUGUCUGGGUCUAUGUGUCCGUGGGGAUCUGGGUGUACCCCCUCCUCGGAUAUUUCAGCUCAGCUGGUCUGCUCUUCUUCUUCGCCUUCAACAUGUCUGUGGUGACAUCGCUCUUCCUGGUCGGACACAAACUGAACGCCAUCCUGUGGAGUAAGAGAAGCUCGGUCUGAACCAGAGAGACUUGGUU